AUGGAAACAAUACUUAAAGAUGAUGAGUAUGUACAAUACAACAUAUCUGGUAAUAUCUUCGAAGUCCCCGCAAAGUAUAAGCCACCGAUCAUGACUCUUGGCAGAGGUGGUGAUGGCCUCGUUUGUUCGGCUGUAAACUCGGAGACAAAUGAGACAGUAGCAAUAAAGAAAAUCAUGCAUGCAUGUGAAAACCGAAUCCAUGCAAAGAGAACUCUCCGUGAAAUCAAGCUUCUUCGUCACUUAAAGCAUGAAAACAUUGUUGAAAUCAAAGACAUAAUCGUGCCUCCCCAGAGAUAUGCUUUUGAAGAUGUUUACAUUACUUAUGAAAUGAUGGACAGUGACCUUCAUAAAGUCAUAACAUCCAAUGAAAAACUAACCAAAGAUCAUUACCAGUAUUUUUUGUAUCAAAUCCUGCGCGGAUUAAAGUACAUUCAUUCAGCCAAUGUGUUACAUAGAGAUUUAAAACCGAGCAAUCUCCUUGUGAAUGUAAACUGUGAGUUAAAGAUUUGUGAUUUCGGGCUUGCACGUGCAGCUUCCGAGACUCAUGCAAUGACUGCGUACGUUGCCACAAGAUGGUACCGUGCACCAGAGCUUCUGUUGAACUCUUCUGCUUAUACCAAAGCUAUAGAUAUGUGGUCUGUGGGCUGUAUAUUCUUUGAACUGGUGACUGGCAGACCGCUCUUCCCCGGAAGAGAUCAUGAUCAUCAGCUCCGUUUGAUUCUAGAGAUGAUAGGCUCUCCAACAGAAUAUGACAUUGGAUCGUUGAAUGAUAAUGCUAAGAAAUACUUAAGGCAGCUUCCUUGGUUUGAUGGCCAAUCAUUCUAUAAUAAGUUACCAAAUGUGCCCUAUUCAGCUAUUGACUUGAUGGAGAAGAUGCUAAAGUUUGACCCUAGACAGAGAAUCUCAGUUGAGGAUGCGCUUGCUCAUCCAUAUCUCGAGACGUUGCAUGACAUUACCGAUGAACCAAUCUGCAAGACUCCCUUCAGCAUUGAUUUAGAAGAACAUCCACUGACACUGGAGCAGAUUAAGGAGUUAAUAUACCUGGAAGCUCUAGCUUUCAACGCUGAACCAGCAACAGUUGACGAGGAAGAAUGGCUUUGCCUUGGAAGAAACUCAUAA